AUGUAAAAAAUUAUUGUUCCUAUUUUAACUUUGAAUAAUGGCAACAAAAUUCCAUAAGUAGGUUAUGGUACUUACCAAUCCAAGGGUAAUGAAUUAGUUGAUGGAAUCAAAUAUGCCUUAUAAGCCGGGUACACUCACAUAGAUUCUGCCUCCUGUUAUAGAAAUGGCAAGGAUAUUAGAGUUCCUAAGAGGGAAGAUAUUUUCAUCACUUCUAAGAUCGCCCCUCAAGAACAAGGAUAUGAGAAUACCAUUAAUGCUUGCAAAAAAAUCCUAUAAGAUUUGGAUACUACAUACCUUGAUUUAUUACUAAUUCAUUGGCCAGGUUCUGCAGGUAAUAAACCUAAUAGUCCUGAAAAUGCCACUGUGAGACUUUAGACUUAUAAAGCUUUAGAGCAAUUAUUUUAAGAAGGGAAAAUUAAAAAUAUUGGAGUCAGCAAUUUUCUAAAACACCAUCUUGAACAUCUUCUGUAACAUUGUAAAAUCAAACCUGUUAUCAACUAAAUAGAAGUACAUCCCUUAUGUUGGGAUUAAGCUACUGUCCAAUUUUGUUAACAAUAAGGCAUCUUGAUUGAAGCUUACUCUCCUAUUGCUAGAAAUGAUCCCAAAUUGAUCUAGAAUCAAAAAAUGAUUGAGCUUUCAAAGAAAUACAAUAAAACUGUUGCUUAAGUAAGUCUAAGAUGGGCUGUACAAAAGGGGUUUAUUAUAUUACCAAAAUCAAAGACUCCAAAAUACAUCAAAGAAAAUAUUGAGAUUUUUGAUUUUUAAAUUUCUUAAGAUGACAUGAAUGCUAUUGAUAAUCUUAAUCAAAAUUAUCACACAUGUUGGGAUCCUAGCACAGUUAUUUAUUGA